AAGCUGGAGUCGGACUGGCAAAUCGUGGGAAGCGCUGGGUGGGAGGGGACUCUCCGUGUCUGGCUCCCCAGACUGCCCACCCCUCUCCGGCUCCGCUUAGCCCCGCCCUAGCCCCGCCCCCCGCGCCGUCUGACAGAGUCGGGAACGAGCAGAGGAGACAGACACCGAGUGGCCGGGAACCGAGGCGCCGAGCGGCGGCACCGACAGGACUUCCCCGGACCCCCUCAGUGGAACCAUCAUGCCCCAAGCCCGCCCGACCCUCCGUCACCAUUAGCAACCGACCGACAGAUUGGCACUUGGGCUGUGCGGGGGCAGCAGGCAGACGGCACCCACAAAUGAAUAACCGCAAGGAGGACAUGGAGAUCCCCUCCCACUACCGGCGGCUGCUGCAGGAGCUGAACGAGCAGCGCCAACACGGCAUCCUAUGCGACGCCUGCAUCAUCGUGGAGGGCAAGAUCUUCAAAGCGCACAAAAACGUCCUUCUGGGCAGCAGCCGCUACUUCAAGACCCUAUACUGCCAGGUCCAAAAGGCGGCGGAACCGACCACCGUCACCCAGCUGGACAUCGUCACCGCCCAGGGCUUCAAGGCCAUCAUCGACUUCAUGUACUCGGCCCACUUGGCGCUGACCAGCAAGAACGUCAUCGAGGUGAUGUCGGCCGCCAGUUACCUGCAGAUGACCGACAUCGUCCAGGCCUGUCACGGCUUCAUCAAGGCCGCCCUGGACAUCAGCAUCAAGUCCGACGACGAGCUGACCGACUACGACAUGGGGGCCCCGUCCGGCAGCGCAGAGGCCCUUCUCUCCGCCGUGGUGGCCGGCCGCAGCAUCUCCCCGUGGCUGGCGAGAAGGACCAGUCCGGCCAACUCCUCCGGGGACUCGGCCAUCGCCAGCUGCCACGAGGGGGGCAGCAGCUACGGGAAGGAGGACCCCGAGCAGAAGGGGGACAGCCAGGACGAAGGGUCGGCCGUUUGGGCCGGAGACAUGUGUUACGGACCUUUGCGUAUUAAGGAGGAGCAGGACUCGCCGGGCCGCUAUGCGGGCAAGGGGGAAGCGGGGGGCUCAUACCUGGAGCAGGGGGACGGCUGGCAGCACUCGGGCCGGCGGAAGAACCGCAAGAACAAGGAGACCGUUCGGCACAUCACCCAACAGAUGGUGGAGAGUUGCAGAACCGGGUCCCCCGAGCCCUCCUUCAUCUCCAGCUCCCAGUGGCACUAUAGCAACCAGGACAACUCCAGUGACGAGGUGACAGUGAUCGAGCCGGGCAGCUCUGACAGCCGAGAGGAGCGAGUGGAUCUUUACUCCCAGGGGGAGGAGUCAUUGCAGGGCGGGGAGGCCACUUACCUGCCCCACCCCCUGAGCCUGGAGAAGGAGGAGGGCCACGGGCAAGUCACCAACCUGCGCUCUGCGCUGCUCAGCAAGAACAGCCUCCUGGCCCUAAAGGCUGACGUUCUAGGGGAGGAGAGCUCCCUGCUGUUCGAAUACCUGCCCAAAGGUACCCACUCCCUCUCCCUCAAUGAGUUCACCGUCAUCCGCAAGAAGUUCAAGUGCCCGUACUGCAGCUUCUCCGCCAUGCACCAAUGCAUCCUCAAGCGCCACAUGCGCUCGCAUACGGGGGAGAGGCCCUACCCCUGCGAGAUCUGCGGCAAGAAGUUCACCCGGAGGGAACACAUGAAGAGGCACACACUGGUGCACAGUAAGGAUAAGAAGUACGUGUGCAAGGUGUGUAACCGCGUGUUCAUGUCGGCCGCCAGCGUUGGCAUCAAGCACGGCUCCCGGCGGCACGGCGUCUGUAUGGAUUGCGCAGGGAGGGGCGGGGCUCACGGCGGCGGAGGCCACUCCCCCGAUGGCAUGUACCCCGGGGACGCCCACUACCUGGAUGAUGUGGAUGAGCUGAAGGUGGAUGAGGAGAUGGGCGGGGACGAGGAGGAUGACAUCAAGUGGAAGGAGGAGGCGGAGACUUCGCAGGAUGAUGUCAUACUGGAGGAUGAUGAGAUUGAGGAUUGCACCCCAGAUGUGAGCGGGGGGCAGAUGAAAGAGUUCACCUGGAUAGCCUAGGGAGGAAAGGGUUACACAGGUACCCUGGGCAAGCUAAUGAUCCGCUGCCAGGAGCGCCCCCCGGGGGUGGCAGGAGCCCAGGCAGGCCGCGGGGUCACUACGGACAGCCCCCCCUCUAUGCCCACCUCAGGGGCCCCACUUCCUGUAUCCUCAACAGCCAUCCAGGGGCCACAGAUACCAGGGCCCCAACUUUAGCCGAACUGCUUAAGGCACUCUACCCCCCACCCCAAUAUUCUUUCCCAUCUGCUUCAUACCUCUGUCCCCCCAAUACCCCUGCCUCCCCCAAUUCCCCUGCCCCCCCCACCUGCCCCCCCAGCUGCUGUUUUUUAAGCAAAUCUGUUGGACGGGAGGUUUCUAAGGUUUUCUAAUUGCUGAACACAAUCAGAUUGAGGAGCCGGUUGGCUGCGCCCAUCGCCCCUGGCACCCCCCCCCCACGCUCGCCCCAUGUGGGCACCCAGAGAACAUUCUGGACCAGCGGAGAAUCGCCCAUGGAAUGGGGCCCAUUGACUUCUGACUUCUGUUGGGCCCCGGGGAGCCCCUUACAGUUAUUCUGAUUGGCUGCGGUGCUACAAUGAGGCUCCGGGGGCAGCGGCCCAUAUCUGCCAUUGUAUCACUAACUGUCAUGGCUCCCCCCCCCCCCCCAGUUAGGCACUCACUGCACUGUUAGCUCUUCAGCCGAGGCAGCUGCCUGGGAGAGACUGGCCUGAGCUCUCACAUUAGGAGCUGUGGUGCCACCGGGGGCCGGCUAUGGCAUUGGGACUGGCUGGGUGGCACCAGGGGCCGGCUGGGUGGCAUUGGGACUGGCUGGGUGGCACCAGGGGCCGGCUGGGUGGCAUUGGGACUGGCAGGGAUUGGGUGCCACCGGGGGCCGGCUGUGGCAUUGGGACUGGCUGGGUGGCACCAGGGGCCGGCUGGGUGGCAUUGGGACUGGCAGGGAUUGGGUGCCACCGGGGGCCGGCUGUGGCAUUGGGACUGGCUGGGUGGCACCAGGGGCCGGCUGGGUGGCAUUGGGACUGGCAGGGAUUGGGUGCCACCGGGGGCCGGCUGUGGCAUUGGGACUGGCUGGGUGGCACCAGGGGCCAGCUGGGUGGCAUUGGGACUGGCAGGGAUUGAGUGCCACCGGGGGCCGGCUGUGGCAUUGGGACUGGCUGGGUGGCACCAGGGGCCAGCUGGGUGGCAUUGGGACUGGCAGGGAUUGGGUGCCACCGGGGGUCGGCUGGGUGGCAUUGGGAUUGGCUGGGUGGCACCGGGGGCCGGCUGUGGUAUUGGGACUGGCAGGGGUUGGGUGCCACCAGGGGUUGGGUGGGUGGCAUUGGGAUUGGCUGGGUGGCACCGGGGGUUGACUGGGUGGUACUGGGAUUGGCUUGGUGGGGGACUGGGUGGCAUGGGGGCACACUGAGUGGUACCAGGACUGGCAGGCUGGGUGGUACUGGGACAGGCGGGGGGGGCAUAUGAGCUGACUGGGGGGCUCAGGCUUACCCGCUCUCUCAUUCUGUGUCUAUUUUUAACGAGUUCCCGUUUGCACACACAGCCCCUCCCCCCCCCAGUGCCCGGCCUAUGGGGUGCCAGCGUCAGCGACUCCGUGUCAUCUGGGAGAUAAUGAUCCACUCCGGCCAUUCCCCCCCCCCCAGGUGCCAACAGCCUGUGCUUCAGCGCCACCCGGUGGCUGCACAUUGGCACCAUUGGCCACUCUGUCGCCCAGAGGGUUAAUCACUCUGCCCCCCCCCAGCCUGGCUGCUAAUUGUAGGGAGACCCCCCCCCCCUAUUAUUCCCCAUUCACCCCCCUCUUUGCUUUUUUUUUAUAUUUAUAUAUAUAUAUAUAUCAUUUCAUGAAAUAUGCAAGAACUGGAAUAUUGGGGGUGGAUUCGCCGCUGAAUGGGGGUCCAUAGCUUCUGUUAUAGGGGGACCCCCUGCCCCCCCCCCGAGGGGCCCCCCCUGCGCUGAACUAUACACAUUAUUUAUUGUACCUUCUCUUCUUUUCUUACACGUUUCUCAGACAAUAAAAUGGCGACGCCGUGCAAUGAA